AACUAGGGAAUAUGUUUCAAAAGUUAAAAUUAUUCAGUUGAUGAUUGUGUAAUAACUUGUGUUUGCUGAUUGGAUUCAGAUCUUCGUUACAUCAAUUUCACUUUAUUUUGUUGGAGAUUUUUACAAUUUGCAGAGUGUUAUUUCUGGGAAAAAGAUGUGAUGCUUCUAGGGUCUUCCGUUUAUCUGUAGAUUAGAAAUUUUUUGCCGUAAAAUUUGAUUUAAAGAGAUUUACAGAUAAGUGUUAGGUUAUCUACUAGACUGGAAAUGAAACCUAACUGAAACUAUAAUUAGUAGGCUUUUUUCAUAGCAAGAGAUAUUUAAGCAAUUUUGAAAGAAAACUGGUUAAAAAUGGGAUGCCGGUAUCAUUUGUUUUAUAUUGUUCUGGUUUUCAUAUUGAAGGAUGUAUACACACAGCCAGGAAUUGAUGGAAUUAACCCUGGAAUUAAUGGACCAUUUUAUACACCACAAUAUAAAGACGUCAAGAUUAACCCAGAUCAAAUGAAAGCUGUUGUUAAAGAAUUUGGAGAUAAAAUGAAUCAGUUGGUUUAUGGCUUUACUUCUUACAGAUUCUUAGAACAGAAAUAUGAUAAAUAUUUUCAACAUUUUAUCAAGCUGGAUGGUAGAUCCCUAGUAAAUGAGAUAGCUAAUGAUAUUGGUAGAAUGUUAAAGAAAAAGAUUAAGGCAGUUGAGGAAUUGGUUGAAGUUGCUGAAAAAGAAAACAUCAAAAGCCAUUAUGAAGAAACAAUUGAUCUUGACUACCUCAAUAACAAGAAACUUCUCAGUGAUGAUGACCUGCAGGCAAUGAAUGAGACCGUAGAGAAUGCAAUGAAAACUUACAAAUACAUUCAUUUAGUACAAGACAAAAAGUAUAACGAUGAAAUGAUUAAUUAUAAUCUUAGUACUAUCCAUGUACCAACUAAUGUAUUUGAUAAAGCUCCAGAGAUUCAGAAUGGUGUAAACUGGACACAGACCUUAGAUGGACAAUUCCAGAAAAAUCACAAAACUGACCAAUCCUCAAAAUGGCAGUACUUUUGUAGUUCAGAUGGUUUCUUCAGAAUUUAUCCAGGAAUAAAAUGGCCAAAGAAUAAUACAGAUGGGAGAAUCGAUACUUUUGAUUGUAGAAUGAGAAGUUGGUAUAUAAAAGCAGCAACUACUCCAAAGAAUAUUAUAGUAUUGAUAGAUUCCAGUGGCAGUAUGAAAGGUCUACGUAUGAAGAUAACACAUUCUACAGUGGAUAAAAUAUUACAGACACUAAGUGAUGAAGAUCAUUUUAAUAUUAUACAAUUUACAGAUGAGCCAUCUUAUGUAGAUGAAGGCUGUUCUAACAGAACACUAAUACAUGCCAGUGAGCCAAACAAAAGAAGAAUGUUAGAGAAAGUCAAAAAUAUUAAACCUAGACAGAAAGCUAACUUUACUAAAGCUUUAAUAGAAGCAUUUGAAUUGUUUGAGGAGGUGGAGUCAAAUUUAUCAAAUAAUUCUGAGCAGUCAAAGCAAUCAAAACAAACUGAAAAUCCUAAACUAUGUAACAAAGCUUUAAUGUUAAUCACUGAUGGAGCUCCUGAAAGUUAUGAAAAAGUUUUUCAGGAAUACAAUUGGCCAAGUAAUAAAUCGGUCAGAGUGUUUACAUUUCUCAUUGGAAGAGAAGUAUCAGAGAGUCGUAAUGCAAAAUGGAUGGCAGAUGCUAAUAGAGGAUAUUAUACACACAUAUCUACCCUAGCAGAUGUUCAAGAAAACGUUCAGGAAUAUAUAAAAGUGAUGAGUCGACCUUUAGCUUUCGGUAGAACAAAGAACUAUAUAUGGACUUCACUGUAUGCAGACUAUAUAACAGAGGUCUCCGAUAACAAGGACAGGGGAUUACAGUAUAUUGUAUCAUUUGCAGCACCAGUUUAUGACUUGAAAGGCUUUUAUAAUGAGAGUAAACUAUUAGGAGUAGCAGGAACUGAUGUUACUGUUCAACAAAUUCAGGAUUUAAUACCAUAUAAUAGGUUAGGUCCAAAUGCUUAUGCCUUUGUAGUAACUCAUCAGGGAUAUGUUCUUUUCCAUCCAAACUUCCAGCCAACUUUUUUGAAGCAAGAUCCAGAAGAUGGAUUUAAUCCAAACCCAGCUAAAAUUCAAGAAUUGCAUCCCAAUUUUCAAAAUGUUGAUAUAACUGAUGUAGAAUAUUCUCAGGAUGAUGAACUCUUACAGCAGAUGAGAACAAAGUUAUUAUUGGGGAAGAAAAGAGAACCAAUUACCCUAACAUUAAAAGUGCCUUAUGAUGUUGAUAACAACUGUCCAGAAUUUGGAAAGAAGAGAAUUGCAGUGAGGAACUACACCUUUUAUUAUUCUAAAAUUGCAGAGACAGAAUUUAGCCUAGGCAUUGCUUUAGCUCAAAAGAGAGUACCUAGUAUAUCAUACAGAACAGAUAUGACCAAAAGCAGAAAAAAAGACGAUCAUACAGAACUAGCAACAUGGCGCUAUUGUAAACAUGAAUGGACGGACUUCAAUGAAUUACAAAAUUUCUUGGUAAAAAAAUUUUCUGACAAUGGAAAUAAUAAAAAUUCUGGUGAUGGUAAAAAAUCUAAAGGAGGAGGAAAAGGAUGUUCUGAGUAUAGUGAUAGUUAUUUACAAUGGGAUUGGAGUAUAACAAGUGAUAUAUUAGAUGAAUGGACCAAAAGAGCAAGGGAACAAGUUUCUGCAAGUUAUGAUACAAGAGUGAAGCCAAGAGAUGUGUAUAAAAGUUUUGGGAUAGAACAAGUGUUUUUGUGGACAUCAGCUGGAUUGACAAAAUAUGUGACAGCCUCAGCAAACUUAACAGAGCCAAAUUUUAUAAAAGAGAAUAGGGAGACUGUAAAGAAUAAAUAUUACAGACAAACAGUAGAAGGAUUGGAAUAUGGAUAUAAUUAUACAUAUUCUGUACCUUAUCAUGCAGAAUUGUUUACUCAUCCAAAAAAUUUGGUUAUAACAAUAACAGCACCAAUAUAUAAACAAAAAUUUACAAUGCUGGUAGUGGGGUUACAAAUGAAAUACUUAUCAUUUACACAACGUAUGGAGGAAGUAAUAGAAAAUAUGUCUGUACCUCAGACAAAUCCUGAUAGCUCAUUGUCUUGUAAGGACAAAGAUCAAAUAACCUGUUAUAUUUUAGACAGUAAUGGAUAUAUCAUCUAUUCUAACAUGGACAAUGAAAAUAUGACAUCAGCUGGUAAACUUUUAGAAGACCAGUCAUUAAUGCAAGAAUUAAUUGACAACAACUUUUACAAACAAGAAAAAUAUUUGAAUCAACAAGUCAUGUGUAAAAAGCAACUCCCAAAAGAUGGUGAAAACUCAGCUGCUUUUUUACUAAAUCCAUUCAAACAGUUGGCAAACUUUAUUUUUUGGAUGUUUACAGAAACAGUCAUAUUUUUAUAUGAGUGGAGUUGGUUUACAGAGGAUUACAGUGUUCAUGCUCAAGCUCCUAAAAAACACACAUGCUAUUUGUUCAGUGAUUUACAAGAAGCUUCUAAGUUUAGUACUUUGGCAAAGUCAUACCAGCAUCAUUUACUGCAGACAGUUCCUUUAUGUCCCACGAUGGACAUGCCAUGUGCUAUGUACCAAACUAGAAACAGGAUAAACUUUAAUAAACUCAAGAAGUACAGGCACAAUCCAUUUGUGUCAUCAACAUCAGAUUGCAAGUACUGUUCUGAUCCAGCUGCCUGUAUGCCACAGUGUAAUAGGAGUUACACUGUACAGUGGAUAGAUGACACCAAUCUUAUGUUUGUGGCUGCAGCAUCACCUGUUAGAUGUUUUAAAUGUUUAUCUGAAAAACUGGGUCCACCUUCAGAUAUGAACAUAGAAAAAAUGUAUACCGAAGAAGAAACAUGUGAUACUUUAUUGAAUAAAUCAGUAUUAAUUAAAACUAGAGAUGAAUGUAUAGAUAGUCAUGAAUCUGAACCAGAGUUAGAAAGUGGACAAGCUAGAAAUUCUUUUUCAUAUGUAAUUUUAGCUUUGACUUUUGUGUUAUGUUUGACAGCCAAUCAAAAGUCAGUAUGAUAUUAACUGCUGCCUUAGGAACCAUUUGUGAUGAACUUAUUUUGAAAGUGCCUGUUUAACUAAGACUUAAUAUGGUUUUGUUUGUAAUUUGCUCAAUUAAGAUAUCAAACUGUACAGGUUAUAUAGAGGAAAUGAUUUUCAGUCAAGUAGAAGUGUGCAGCCAGUUUAUGCAUUAGGCCUUUUUUACCAGUAAUUCCAGACAUGUGACAGAGUUGUCAAGCCACAACUGGAGAUUUGGAAAUUUUCAGCUGGAGUUUGGGCUUCAUAACUGGAGAUUUUUUAUCGACCUAUUUAUCGACGUACGCAAUGGUUUUUUAGUGUGUUUAAACUGCAUAUCUUCUUUUUUUGUUUGUUAAAAGAACAAUAAUUCCAUACCUUUCAACAACUCCAUAUCCAUUUUUACUUGAAAAAAAUAGAU